AUUCGAUAAGACGUAACGUAAGAAUUAAAAUUGGUUCAUUUCUUACGUCUUACGGCAUACGGCUUACGGCAUACGGAGAUCUAUGAACGCAAUCAUAUGAUUGUGAAGGUCGAUAUCCCUUACGUCUUAACGAUACGGCUUACGUCUUACGGCUACGGAACUCUGAAUCCAGCAUUACAAUGUAUUGUUUUAAAUUUAAUAUGCAUGUAUUCUAUCGAAAACCUGCCGGAUUUUAUUGCUAAAAGCGCGAAAGUAUAAUAAAUAUUGCAAAGCGGAAAAUUAUAAAUUUUGAGAGCCUUGACCCCAAAGAUCAUUCGUGUUCAAGCUCUUGAUUGGAGAAUUCUAACCUAUAAAUUUUGUGUUUUUUUCGUUUUUUUUGGGUAAUUCUCGUUUAAAAAUUACUAUGGGAUGGUUUAAUAAUGCCGAAAAUCACCUACCUUUGGCUACAGGCCCUUUUGUACCAGGUAUGAUCGAUGUAUUAACAUCCUAUGAAAGGGAAAAUCCUAUUUUUAGAUUGUAUUAUCCUUCAGACGAAAGUUCAGAUCAAGAACAAAGCCCAAAUCGAUGGAAAAACUGGUUACUGGAUGAAAGCUACCUGAAAGGAAUAUCUAAAGUUCUCAUGUUGUAUCCUUUCAUUAUGAAAUUAGUUUUUUGGUGGUCAGCUAAAACAAAAAUACCAGCGAUAUACGGGGCGAGAAUUAUUAGAAAUAAAAAAUUAAAAUGUAUAGUUCUAUCUCAUGGAUUAGGUGGAAAUAGGUUUCUUUAUACGAAUAUCUGUUGUGAAUUGGCUUCCAGAGGGUUUUUGGUUGUAGCUUUAGAGCAUAGGGACAAUUCCGCAUCAAAUACAUAUUAUUACGAAAAUAAAUCAGACGCAGAGCGCGAUUUCAAGAAAACCAUCGAAUUCAAGCACAUAAAACUAGGAAAAGAACAUCACAACGUUCGGUACGAACAAAUAAAAGCUAGAUUCAGCGAAUGCGAGCGAGUUUUGCACUUUUUAAAAAACCUCGAGCGCAAUAUCGUUCCCGAAAAUAUCCUGGACCAUACACCGUCGCACAAAAACAAGAAUUACCAGUUUAAAUUAGACGAUUUGGCGGGAAAUGUGGAUUUGGAAGGACUGUGUAUGAUGGGGCACUCAUUCGGUGGUGCUACAGCUUUGUAUACUUUAUCAAAAAGAUCAGAAUUCAAGGUUGGUGUUUUACUGGAUCCCUGGAUGUUCCCGGUAAAGAACGAAAAUUUAGAAGAAAAAAUAACGCAACCCUUGUUAUUUAUUAAUACGCAAACAUUUCAUAUAGCUGCAAAUGUUGAUGCCAUGUCCAAACUACUUAGUUCCGAUUGUGUUAGGAACAUGUACACCAUAAA